UACGCUCCACUCUCUUCUCGGUCGCGCUGAUUAAUCCAUCCGCCUCGCGGACACGAGAAUGAAGAGAACAACGGUCUGAGGAAAUAAAAAGACCAGAUACCUGUAUAUUUAUCUGCUUUUAUUUUUACAAUGAGAUUUAUAUCAAGUCAUUGGAUUCCCGUUGUACUUAUUUCACGGUUAACUUGUGAUUGUGUUCAUGUGACGGUAAAGGAUGAUAAGAAGUUUGCCAUGCUGUUUUCCUCUGUGGUGCUGCAAUGCCAGUACAACACUCACUCCAUCAAUCCCCCUGUGGUGCAGUGGUGGUAUAAGUCAUACUGUACAGACCGAACAAGAGAGUCGUUCACCUUCUCUGAGACUCUGGAAGUCCAUGGCUCCAAGCCGGGGCCCAAAAGCCACUUGGACUGCUCGGAUAAAAGUCGUACUGUCCAAAUCGUGGCCUCCAAGCAAGGAGACUCCCUGAAUCUGGCUAAGCAAUAUAAAGGCAGAGAUAUCUCCAUUAUCAACAAAGCAGAUCUGCGUAUUGGAGAGCUACAGUGGGGCGACAGUGGUGUGUACUUCUGUAAGGUGGUCAGUGGUGAUGAUCUGGAGGGCAGGAAUGAAGGCCAGGUGGAGCUCCUGGUGCUGGGUAAGACAGGUGUGCUGAAUGACGUCCUGCCUGAGUUUGAACUGGAAAUUAUGCCAGAGUGGGUGUUUGUGGGAUCUGUAGUCUUGGGUAGCAUUCUGCUUCUGGUGGUGCUUGGAGUAUGCUGGUGUCAGUGCUGUCCCCAUUCCUGCUGCUGUUAUGUACGUUGCUGCUGCUGUCCUGAUACAUGCUGUUGUCCGAAGCACUUAUAUGAAGCAGGUAAAAUAGCUAAAAGUGGACAACCUCCCCAGAUUGCCGUAUAUCCACCAUACUAUGGUGUUCCCAUGGUUCCUCAAGCAGCACCUUCUCUGAUUGAGCCCAAGAUGCCUGCAGUGCCCCCCUCUGUGGAGAACAAUACAGCUAGAGUGGGUGGUGACUAUGGUCUCCAGGCCAGUCAGGCUCAGGAUGCAAUGAAUGUUGUGUACUACAUAGAGAGGGACCUGGCAAAGUUCCAUACGGCCAAGUGGACAGGUCAUCCAUCUGGCAGUGUAUCAGAGCUAAGCUCCUUGCAUGAUGGCGAUAUGGACUUCAGGCAGACCUACAGGCAGGUGCAAAAGAAAGCUCUGCCACCAGUCAGUGACCCCAGCAAUGAGCCACAGAUCCACACAGCUUCCACAGCUCACAGGCUCCGGCCCACACACUAUCAAAGCAAUCACACUGAAGAACAACAUGAUAGCCGGUGGAACUGCCGCUCAGAGCACCUGCCCAGGAAGGCCUUUGACACCAGGGGUCGCACGGGGUCUCUGGAUGAACUGGAGGAGUUCGCGAGGAUUUAUGGGCACCGAGCUGGACGGAGGGGUGACUUUCAUGAUCUCCGUGACCGCGAACAAGAUUUUGAGAUGGAACUGAGGUGCCACAAUCAGUACAGGCCACGCGGUUUCCGGGAUGAUGAUGAAGAUGAUGCCAACUGGCGGCGCCAUAGCCCCCCUUUGUCCCCACAAAGGAGACAUUACACCAGCAGUGAACGGUAUGCUACUCGUAGAAAGUCAUACAAUGAUGCCUACUUGACCUCUGUACUGGAGCACAAGGCAAAGGGGCAGGGAGACUGUGGUGGGCGGGUUGAUGACGACAGUGACACACCAUCAAAGAGCUCCAAGAAAAACAGUGACUGUUACUACAGCAGAACACCAAGCAACCGACCGGAGGAGGAUGAGUCCUUGCCUCCAUACUGUGAGGUAGAUCGCUGCCGGACUGAGAAAACUGUGGAACAAGAGCGCUGUCGGACCAUGGAGCCAGCCAUAAGGCCAUUCUCUUACACUCGCCCUAAUCAAAGCAUGUCCCACACUCUGCAGGAGCUCAGGGAGGACAAGAACAGACCCAGAAAACUGACCACUCAUCUAAGCAGAGACUCCCUCAUUGUCUGAAGCCCUUGAGUAUCCAUGGUGCCGAUCACACUGGACUCACAUCGCACUAUUGACAUGCAUCUACAGGGACAUGCACAAAGCAGCAUGAAUACAUACCAUGUACAUCAAGGAAAUAAUGACACUGGAGCUUGGAAUUAGUAAUGAAGAGACCUGAGUACAUUGUCGAUCUGUAUGUGUGUGCUUAAAAAUGCAUGCGUGUUUCGUUCAUGAAUGCAUGCUUCUGUCGUUGCAUUUAAAGCCAUCAUGUCACUCAUCUUUUUUGGACCUAUCAGUAUUUAUCUAUUAUGGCCCUCAAUAAGAGAACAAAUGGGCAGUGAAUCCUCUCUCAACUACACAAAACCCUGUAGACUGAAAAGACCUCGUAAAACAUUUUCAUUUCUUUCAAAAGCCUUGAUAUUAAGUACUGUAUUUGUGUACCUCUUUGAUUAUUAUUAUUGUUGUUUUAUAUGUUUGCACUAUAGAUUAAGUUUGCAUUUCAGUGUUAAUCAAUUCUUCCACAUGGGGAGUAUGGAAUGAUUUUUGAUAAUACACCUUUGAAUAUUUCACUUGUUUGAAUUAAAAACUCUUUUGAUGUAAACAGUG